AUGCAUGUAACCCAGGGGAUCUCGAUGGCGAUCAACGUCAACAAGAUGAUCGAAGUGGGCUGCCAAGUCAAAAUUCUGAUGGCGGAUUGGUUAGCUCGGAUGGAUCAUCACAUCGGUGGCAAGGUCGGUGGCGAUCUGAGUAAGGUACGUGAUGUUGGCCUGUACAACAUUGAGAUGUGGAGAGCGGCCGGCAUGGAUCUCGACAGGGUCGAGCUCGUGUGGCUGUCGGAGCAAAUAAGCCGCCACGUGGACGAGUUCUGGCCGCUUGUCAUGGAUGUUGGCAGAAAAAGCGACACGAAAAGAAUAAAAAAGUCGCUCUGCGUUCAUCGCACGGAUGAUACGAGGGGCCAUGGGAGCUUAGAUCCCUACUUGUUUAGGGAUUUCACUCCUGCCGAGAUAUUCCAUCCUUGCUUGCAGUGUGCCGGCAUAGUGCUGUUUCACCAUCAGGCAGACAUAUGGCUGCUCGACGCAGAUCAGCGUGUUGCCCACAUGUUAGCCAGACGAUACUGCAACCGCCUGCAGAUGAAAGAUGGACCGGUUGCUCUAUUCCACAACGUGCCGCCUAAUUUGCUCGAGUACCCGGAACAUGAGGCGUGGAAUGAUCCCAGAUGGGCCAUCUUCAUGGAGGACGAUGAGGAAAACGUCGGCUGCAAAAUAAAUAAAGCCUUCUGCCCUCCAAAGGUCGCAAAAGGCAACCCUUGCUUCGAGUACAUAAGAUGUAUAAUUUUCCCUUGGUUUGGAAAAUUCGAGGUGGUUCGGAACGAAGGGAAUUGUGGUGCGACGUUUUUUAGCAUGGAGGAGCUUACUGUUGCCUAUGAAAGUGGCAUUCUGCAUCCCGCCGACGUGAAAGAUGCGCUUGAGAAGGCAAUAAACAUGAUGUUGCGGCACAUCAAUGAUCGCCUCAGAAGCAACACCGGAGGCAAAGAACUAGUGGAAGCAAUGGAGCAGCGAUUCAGCAUACCGUGGUGA